AUGCACAAUGAAUUCGUGAAAGCGCUGCAUAAGCUCAAGAGACUAUUUAACCCAGAGUUAGAUGAGCGAGACCCUGAGGCAGAAGGAGAGGAUCUGCCAGUGGCCCAAGGAUUGUCUGAGCAGACUGCACAACUGCAAGCCUCAGAAAGUCAGGACGUUGCUGAGGAGCGACAUCCCAAACAAGAGGAUGUUCAAACUGCCCAAGGAAUGGCCGACGCAGAAACUUUCUGGGAUGAGCAUGUGAUGGAGGACAUUCCUGUGAUUAAUGAACUGUCCACGCAGCCUGCAGAACAGCAAGUGAUGGAAGACAAUGGGCAAAUGACUGAACAACCAUCUGAGCAGACGCCAGCAGCGCCAGUCAGUCAAAUUCAUCAGCAGUGCAUGAGUCCACCACCCGAAGACAACUUCCAUCAAAUGGGCAGCUCUUCGGAGGAGGAGCUGAUCAAAGAGAAAGGCAAGAAACACAAAAGGCCAUCGUCUGUUGACUUCACUGCUCCCCCAGCCAAAAAGAGUCUUCUGCCCAUGAAUAGGAAUCUGGAAGCGAUGGUGAAGGAGGACUGA